AUGGCCGCACUAUGCGAAGAAAGCAGCCAAGGUCGCGCAAGCAGCAAGGCAGCGCAAAUCUUUGACAACCACGCUACCUGGAAACGAGUCAACAGGGAAAGGAGAGCGCGCAUGCGAGCUCUCAUGGAGGCAAAGAAAUAUGGAAGAGACGACGAGGAUGACGAGGGCGAAGGUUUGUCCGCUACACCCAUUGCGGAUGGUCCCUCAAAUAUUCCUCCCAACGCUGUCCCUAGCGGUUCGACGUCUAACGAUGCAGAAGUCGAGGCCGAGGCGGGCGAGGGGGAGGAUAGUCAAGGCUUUGAUUACUCUCAAUCCCUGAAUACGAGCCGGUUCAACGUGCAAGUCAGGAUUGGGCCGAACGGCGAGACAAUCGUAGACGAAGAGUCGCUUUUCGUUGAUCGCGCAGACGAUCAGGAUACGGCAAACUACACCCAUAUCGAGGAGUCUGAUGCGACUAAAUUUGUCAACUCGGCAUCGUACGCGAAGAAAUUUCGAGGCUCUCGUUGGAGUGCAGAGGAGACGGAGCUCUUCUACGAUGCUCUUUCGCAAUUCGGCGAGAACUAUGAACUUAUAUCUUACAUCCUCCCUGGACGCGACCGUAAAUCGUGCAAAAACAAAUUCAAAGCUGAGGACAAGAAGAACCCGAAUCGUAUUACAUAUUGCCUCAACAAUCGGAUCCCAUACGACAUGAAAACGCUUUCCAGGAUGACGGGGAAAGAUUUUUCUGGUCCUACGCCAGUCAUCAUAGCACCCGCACGGCCGAACUUGGCUCAGCUGAGCCUUCAUACCGCUGCGUCUCAGGCUGGCGCGAAUAACCCGACAGACCAAGAUAAUGCACCCAGCAGACCCAGCAGCGCAACAGGUUCUCGUGCUCACGCGAAGAAACACGGAAGGAAAAAAGAUGAUGGAGUGGAGGUGUUAGGUGCGAUUGACAGCGUUGAUUGGGAUGCAGAUUGA